UUGUUUAUACAUUUCCUUGUUCUCUAUCCUUUUUCAAGUUAAUGUGUUGUAGAAAUAAAUUUAUUGUUUACCCAUCUUAAUUUGGAACAUUAUCAAACUAAACAGGAGACUCCAAAAAGAUUAAUUAGAUGGUUAGAUUUAAUCAGCAUGUUUAGUUACGAAUUAGUUCAUAUCGAGGGGAAGAAAAAUAUAGCAGCAGAUUUUCUCAGUCGUAACGCAAAGUUUUAUUAUGAUCGGGAUGAUGGAUUUUUAGAACAGGUUAAGGAAUCUUAUGAUGUUUCGGACGAAUAUAGCAAGAAAUGGUUGGAUACAGCAAAAUUAAGGAAAUAUUAUAAUAGAUCAAUCACAUCAAGAAACUUCGGUAAUUUCUAACCUGUGGUUGUGAAGAUCACAUCAAUCACAUCAAGAAACUUCACAACCACAAGUUAGAAAUUAAUCAAAAUAUCCUAUAUUAUUCAUAAUAAUAAUCAAAUACACUAAAUAAUAUUAAUAACUAUGAUUCAGUAGAAUUGACCUUGGUCUUAUAAAUUUCGGUAUUAAUAGUUAAUCAAUAAUUUAUAGAUAGAAAUGGUUAAUUAAAUUAAACAUAAUAAUAGUGAACAAAUUUAAGAACUUCCUCGAUAUUAGCCAUCUAUAUUUAAAACAUAAGCAGCAUUGUUAAGAAUGGUAAAUAAAAAGCAUAAAGCAAUUCAUGAAUGUCAUAUGUAAAUUCAAUUUGUGGUUCAAGUAUUUAGUCAAGUGGUUUUUUAAAUAAUAAAUAAAUUAAAUUAGUUCCGAUGGAAUACAUAUUAAAAAGUAUAAAGCAUAUUCAAUUUGUGGUUCAAAUAUUUGUUCAAGUUGUGGUUCAAGUAUUUGAUUAAGUGGUGUUUUAAGUUGUGAAUGAAUGCGGUUAGAUCUAAUGAUGGUACAUAUAUAUAAAAAGCAUAAAGCAAAAUCAAGUUGUGGUUCAAGUAUUUGGUCAAGCAGUGUUUUAAAAAGUGAAUAAAUGGGGUUAGUUCAAGUGUAUAUUGCAACAAGAAUUAUGAUUUUAGAAAUCAUUAAAUAUCACCUAUUUAGUAUUUUUAAAUUAAUAAAUAAAAUAAAAUUUUUAUAUUUAUUCUGGC